CACCUUUUUCACCAACCACUAGAAAUUAUAUCCUAGGCUGACAAAUCAUCUUCGUUCAGAAUCGUUUUUCGUAUACAAUGAUAACUAUCAUUGGAUUCAAAUUUAACACUCCUAUAAUAUAUAAUAAUGAUCCAUACGGCACUUAAUGUACAGCAGAGCGGUACCCACUUACCCGCUUUUUUUUAUUAAUUUAAUUAAAGAUAUAAAUAGUUUGAGGGUUGAUGGAUAAAAGUUAAUUUAGUAUGCUUUGAACAUUUUUUAAAUAUUUUUAUUUAUAUUAUUUUUAUAGUAGCAGAGUUACAAAAAAAAUGGAAGUCAAUAAGGGAUAGUUUUCGUCGUAAAUGCGUUACCAAAUCUGGGCAAGCAGCAACAAAAUCUACACCAUACAUAUACGCAAAUAUAUUAGAAUUUUUAAGACCGACUAUGCAAAAUCGAAGCACUGAAAGUAAUGUACAACCAAGUGAAGACGAGGCAUCUGAAGUUGAGGAGACUGAAGAUACGGAUUUGGUUGUCGGAAAAAAUAUUAGUGUGGAGGAGAUUAUGGAAAAUGCUGAUGUAGAGGAGCGACGACAGUCACAUAAAAAAUUUAAAAAAAAUCCAAAAACCGAAAAUUUUGGUUCAUCGUUAUUGAAAAUAUUGGAAAACCGACAAACAAUACCAGAAGACCCGGAAAAAUCUUUUUUGAUGUCAUUACUCCCUCAAAUUAGAACUUUAGACGAAGAACAAAAAACACAGUUAUAUAUUGAAUUUUUAAAUGCCAUACAACGAGUAAAAAACUCUUAUGUAACCCCUACUUAUCCUACUUAUAAUGCACCAAAUAAUCAACCUUACUCCCAAUUUUUUCCUCAACAACAUUACGCCACAAAUAAUCAUCCUCAAAGUAUAUCUUCAUCCAUUUCUUAUCAAAGACCACUCUCACACAUGUCACAAUUUAAUAUUUCUCCUCAUCAGUAUACUUCCCAAAAUUCACCUAAAAAUAUAAGCUCUACUAUUACUUCUCCGCCAAUUGUAAAUGACGAAUCUAGCAAUUUUUCACAACCAUCACCUUCUGAAAUGUAUUCUGCUCAAAAACAAAAUUAUUAUAAUUCUUGAAAGUAAAAUGUAUCUAUUUAAAAUUAAAGUUGAUAAAUCAAAAAAUU